GCCCUACCAGACCCGGGAGGGGGGGAGGGCGCGCCAGGGCUUCUUCGAGUUAGGGGCCUGACUCCCCGGCGACGAGACAAGAUGGCUCCUCCGGUCCGCACCGCAGCUACCGUCCCGGCUGCGUCGCUCGGCCCGCCCCCGGUACUGUUUCUUUAAAUGGCGGAGAGGGUCAGGAAAGCAGGAAGAGAGGCGCACGCUCUCACGUGACAUGGGCGGGACCGGCCAACCAAGAUCCGGUCACAUGGGGAUACGCAGCCCGCCAAUCAGGAGGCUGUACAUCAGGGCGGGGGCGGGAGGAGAUUCAGCUUUAUGAUUGGCUGAAUGCUCCGCGGAGGCCUCGGGGGUUUGGGGCGUCGGGGAGUGCGCGAGGUGGCCGGGGCUGUGUGCACUAGCGGAGACAAAGCAGUGGCUGUGGUGUCUGUGACUGCGGCGGCAGAGCGGCUCUAAACGCCGAAUUUCGUGUUGCUGCUGAGUCCUGUCACCGUCUCAUUCAGUGCGGCGCGCGGGCGGCGGCAGCGGCAGCGGCGGAGGAGGCGGCAGCAGCACAUGGUUCCAAGAGCGCGCUGCGGCUGUUGGGUUCCAAUUCCGCGGGGAGGGACAAAGGCAGUUGUGAGCUCCGGGUAGUGCCCAGUCGGGUGGUGCGCUCUCCACUGCCUUCGAUCCGGUCCUUGAAAGCCGGGAGUAGCUCCUCUUCCUGAGGAGGCCGCCACGGGACCGAGGCCAGGGAAGGGCCUGGGAGGCUGAGGCUGUUGUCUGAGGGACGUGGGGGAGGGGCGCGCCCCGCCCGAGGUGCUCUGGGAGAGUCAAUUGUGAGGUGUUUCUGUGAGCCCGUGUGAGGAAAUCUGACUGCCACCCUCAGCCGGGUUUGGUCGGGCUUUGAAAAAAAAAAAUCAUCAGCACCUAGGAGCUUUUUCAGCUGGGAGGUGGUGAAGCCUCAACUAGCGCCAUAUAACACUCCAUCGACAUCUUGGUCACCGGUCUUGGGCCUGUUUAAGGAUCCUGGCAUCACGUGUGGCGAAGAUAUGGCUGAUCAGUUUUCUGAUAGAAGUGGGUAAAUUUCCAGAUUGGUAAACUUCCUGACAGGAAAUUUAGGGGAACCAAAAAAGGCAUGAAGAACAUGAAGAUGGAGCAGUCAUAAACCACCCUCUCAAGGACCAUCUCCAGGACCAUCCACACGAGACUCAGAUUUUCUGAAUUGAGUUAUCGCAACUUAAUGCUAAAAGCUCCUUAAAACUACGGAUUUAUGACAUAGUUCUUUCUGAAAUAUUACAUCGUAAUCAUUGAGAAGAUUUAAAAAAACUUGAAGAAAUUGUAGUUUUAAACAUUUAUUUGCAUAUAUUUUGGAUAGUUACUAGUUACUUUAACUGUCAUUAAGGAGCACAGACUGAAGCUUUACUGGACAGAAUCUUGGGAAGCUGAUUUCAUUUUAGGGUUAUAUUUCCCAGCUAGUGGGUGAAGGGCUGGAGACCUCAUUGCAGUCAUGGCUUUCACAAAUUACAGCAGUCUGAAUCGAGCUCAGCUAACCUUUGAAUAUCUGCACACAAAUUCAACCACUCACGAAUUCUUGUUUGGUGCUCUUGCUGAACUGGUUGAUAAUGCAAGAGAUGCUGAUGCCACCAGAAUAGAUAUUUAUGCAGAAAGACGAGAGGACCUUCGAGGAGGAUUUAUGCUUUGCUUUUUGGAUGAUGGAGCGGGAAUGGAUCCAAGUGAUGCAGCCAGUGUGAUCCAGUUUGGGAAGUCAGCCAAGCGAACACCUGAGUCCACUCAGAUUGGGCAAUAUGGGAAUGGGUUAAAAUCGGGCUCAAUGCGCAUUGGGAAGGAUUUUAUCCUGUUUACGAAGAAGGAAGACACCAUGACCUGCCUCUUUCUGUCUCGUACCUUUCAUGAGGAAGAAGGCAUUGAUGAAGUGAUAGUCCCACUGCCCACCUGGAAUGCUCGGACCCGGGAACCUGUCACAGACAAUGUAGAGAAAUUUGCCAUUGAGACAGAACUCAUCUAUAAGUACUCUCCUUUCCGCACUGAGGAGGAAGUGAUGACCCAAUUUAUGAAGAUUCCUGGGGACAGCGGAACACUGGUGAUCAUCUUCAAUCUCAAGCUCAUGGAUAAUGGAGAGCCAGAGCUAGACAUAAUCUCAAAUCCAAGAGAUAUCCAAAUGGCAGAGACAUCCCCAGAGGGCACGAAGCCAGAGCGGCGUUCGUUCCGGGCCUAUGCUGCUGUGCUGUAUAUUGAUCCCCGGAUGAGGAUCUUCAUCCACGGGCACAAGGUUCAGACCAAGAGGCUCUCCUGCUGCCUGUACAAGCCCAGGAUGUACAAGUACACGUCAAGCCGUUUCAAGACCCGUGCGGAGCAGGAGGUGAAGAAAGCAGAGCACGUAGCAAGGAUUGCUGAAGAGAAGGCACGGGAGGCAGAGAGCAAAGCUCGGACAUUGGAAGUACGCCUAGGUGGAGACCUCACGCGGGACUCCAGGGUGAUGUUGCGACAGGUCCAGAACACAGCCAUCACUCUGCGCAGAGAAGCUGAUGUCAAGAAAAGGAUCAAGGAGGCCAAGCAGCGAGCACUUAAAGAACCAAAGGAACUGAAUUUUGUUUUUGGGGUCAACAUUGAACACCGGGACCUGGAUGGCAUGUUCAUCUACAACUGUAGCCGGCUGAUCAAGAUGUAUGAGAAAGUGGGCCCACAGCUGGAAGGGGGCAUGGCAUGCGGUGGGGUUGUUGGAGUUGUUGAUGUACCCUACUUAGUCCUGGAGCCUACACACAACAAACAGGACUUUGCUGAUGCCAAGGAGUACCGGCACCUGCUCCGAGCAAUGGGGGAGCACCUGGCACAGUAUUGGAAGGACAUUGCCAUUGCCCAGCGGGGAAUCAUCAAGUUCUGGGAUGAGUUUGGCUACCUCUCUGCCAACUGGAACCAGCCCCCAUCCAGUGAGCUGCGUUACAAACGCCGGAGAGCUAUGGAAAUCCCCACCACCAUCCAGUGUGAUUUGUGUCUGAAAUGGAGAACCCUCCCCUUCCAGCUGAGUUCUGUGGAAAAAGAUUACCCUGACACCUGGGUUUGCUCCAUGAACCCUGAUCCUGAACAGGACCGGUGUGAGGCUUCUGAACAGAAGCAGAAGGUUCCCCUGGGAACAUUCAGAAAGGACAUGAAGACACAGGAAGAGAAGCAGAAACAACUGACAGAGAAAAUUCGCCAGCAGCAGGAGAAGCUGGAGGCCCUUCAGAAAACCACACCCAUCCGCUCCCAAGCAGACCUGAAGAAAUUGCCCUUGGAAGUGACCACUAGACCUUCCACUGAGGAACCUGCACGUAGACCUCAGCGUCCUCGGUCACCCCCUUUACCUGCUGUGAUCAGGAAUGCCCCCAGCAGACCCCCUUCUCUGCCAACUCCUAGACCAGCCAGCCAGCCCCGAAAGGCUCCUGUCAUCAGCAGUGCCCCAAAGCCCCCUGCUUUGGCUGCCCGGGAGGAGGCCAGCACAUCCAGGCUGCUCCAGCCACCUGAGGUACCCCGAAAGCCUGCCAACACUCUCGUCAAGACUGUAUCCCGACCUGCCCCUCUGGUGCAGCAACUGUCACCAUCUUUACUGCCCAAUUCCAAGAGCUCUCGGGAGGUCCCUUCUCCCAAAGUCAUCAAGACUCCAGUGGUGAAGAAGGCAGAGCCACCCAUCAAACUUUCCCCGGCUACCCCUAGUCGAAAGCGGAGUGUCACAGUUUCUGAUGAGGAAGAAGUUGAGGAAGAAGCUGAGAGGAGGAAGGAGAGGUGCAAGCGGGGCAGAUUUGUUGUGAAGGAAGAAAAGAAGGACUCAAAUGAGCUUUCAGACAGUGCUGGGGAAGAGGACUCAGCCGACCUCAAGAGAGCUCAGAAAGAUAAAGGGCUGCACGUGGAGGUGCGUGUGAAUAGGGAGUGGUACACGGGCCGUGUCACAGCCGUGGAGGUGGCCAAGCAUGUGGUGCGGUGGAAGGUGAAGUUUGACUACGUGCCCACAGACACGACACCGAGAGACCGCUGGGUGGAGAAAGGCAGUGAGGAUGUGCGGCUGAUGAAACCCCCUUCUCCGGAAUAUCAGAGCCUUGACAUGCAGCAGGAGGGCAGGGAGGAAGAGGAGGCCACUGUGGCCCAGCAGGCCAUAGCCAUGGCAGAGCCCUCCACUUCCGAAUGCCUCCGCAUCGAGCCUGACACCACCGCCCUGAGCACCAAUCAUGAGACCAUCGACCUGCUCGUUCAGAUCCUCCGGAAUUGUUUACGGUACUUCCUGCCUCCAAGUUUCCCCAUCUCCAAGAAGCAGCUGAGUGCUAUGAAUUCAGAUGAGCUAAUAUCUUUUCCUCUGAAAGAGUACUUCAAGCAAUAUGAAGUGGGACUCCAGAACCUGUGCAAUUCCUACCAGAGCCGUGCUGACUCCCGGGCCAAGGCCUCUGAGGAAAGCCUACGCACCUCUGAGAGGAAGCUCCGCGAGACGGAGGAGAAGCUGCAGAAGCUGAGGACCAACAUCGUGGCACUCCUGCAAAAGGUGCAGGAGGACAUAGACAUCAACACAGAUGACGAGCUGGAUGCCUACAUUGAGGACCUCAUCACCAAGGGGGACUGAAGACAGGAGCAAGAGUAGCUCCCCUGCCCACCCGCCCCUCAACUCUGUAGCUGCAGGGGGGAGGGGGCUUCAUUCAUGGGUUGGUGGUCAUACCUUGGUUUAACUCACAUGGGACAUUUGUGUUUUUGGAGGGAAAGAUACUCUGAUUCUUUGAAUCUUCCUCCCUAAGUUUAUAAAUAUUUAUUUUUUAAAAGAAGAUGCUGUGCCUGUGAGACUAUACUUUUCUUUUUUUUGGUGACUGCAAAGAACCUUUCCACUUUGGCCACAGUGGAUUGCUAAGCCUGAGCCACUUCAGCUCCUGGCUCCUCAAGAUAGUGGCGAGUCCAGUGCCAUCUUGGAGAAGAUCCAGGGGCAGGGCCGACACUUUUCUCCUAGAGGAAGAACAAUGUGGGGAUCUGAGGGAUGGGAGGGAGAGUUCCCCCCAGAGUGGCCCUGCUGUGGGCUAAGAUCCAGGGACCCAAAAGCAAGGCUAUGUGUAGGAGGUUCCACAUUGGAGGGGCUCUCUUGCAGCUGUCAGAGUUGGUCCUGGCCGUGGUAUUGUCCAAACAGCUUGGGGAAAAAGAUCCUCCCUGUCUAACCACCUCAUCUACCCUCACGUUCUCUCUGAAGGAGGAUUUCUUCAGUUAACCAUGGACAGUGAAGUUUCUCACCUUAGUAACUUGAGUCCAGGUUGAGGAGGAGACAGAUCUGUGGUGAAUCUCUGACUUGGGUAGCACACUGUCGAACUCUACAGGACUCCUUAGGGAAGGAGCUUAUGUGUGAAAGAACCCCUGGGGCUGAGCUGGUGGUGGAGGCCUCCAUGUUUGGGUGCAGCAGGGCCUUGGAUGGUGCCCGUUGAUCUGGAGAGCCUGAUGAUACUUUUCUACUUCCUCCCUUCGGCCUGGCCCCACUGAGCCCCAUCAAGGUGCCUGAGGAGGGGGCCAGUGAGGUCCCCUGGCCACAGGGACUCCAAAGGCAUCUCUGCAGGAAGCACACCAUACUUUCCAUGUCCCAUCACAGCACCACAAUCUGUGUCCCUUAACUUCUCAGGGUCAAAGACAAAGGCAAGGGUUGCUGAAUUUUCUCUUUAAUGGCCAUUGGAAGAAUCUGGUUCAGUUUUUCCCAACUCUCUUCCCACUUGGAUUUGGGGCCCCUGGGUUUUCUGAAGGCACAAGGACUAUAUGACUUUGUACCAUUAACCUGUGGUUCAAACUUGGGUGUGUUUCUGGCAUCUCCCUAACCCAGAUUAGCAAUUUAGCAAUGGCCACCCUGCUGCUCUGAGGUCAGCAGAAGACUAGGAAGCAGAGGUGGACUUCUGGAAUGGGAAGUCUUUCCCCACUGGAUAUGCCUGUACCUGGUGGGUUUUGGGCCUUUCCAGACUACAUCUCUGGGAGAGGCCUGUUUGGGGUAGUACACUGAGAGACCCUGGCCUCUUCUGCUGGAAGACUGUCCAAGUCUUGGGGUUCCUUGAGCUGGUGAUUCCUCUGCCAACCUGCUCUCUCCAUCUCAGGCAGCAUGGGGUCAACUUUUGUCCCCAAACCUAAUGUUUUAAUCUAAAUGAAAGUUGGUUCUGCAUUCCUACUGAAGGGUAAUAAUUUUUAAAAUUCACACACAUGUAAUCAAAAUGCAAUACUAUAAACUUCUACUGGUGAGACUCCUGAA